AUGGCAUCACUGUGGAAAAAUCUUCUGGGCAGUAUUUCCUCAGGGUCAUCACAGAAGCUACAGUCCAGAGGGUACCAGAACCUCCAUCUCAAACUGGAAGCAGAAUUUGCGGAAGCCAAAGGCGCUCCUGACAACGGGCGGAAGCGGAAGCCACCGCCACGUGCUGCACGCUCCUCUUCCAGUAACUGCCAAGUGGACGGUUCAAAGGACCAGGCCCCGGUGUCCAGGUCUCGUCUGUCCGAGGACACAGGCUCUCAAAGACGACGCCGCAGCUCCUUGAGGAGCCCGCCAUGGGCGGCAGCUAGCCGACGCUCCCCCCGCAGUGGCGCUUUCUGCCCUCCCGGCCUCCGGCCUCGGCGUGACACCCAGAUGGCGCAUCAGGCCAGCCGUCCCUGGUCAGAAGAGCGGCCCCCGGGGCUUUGCGCCUCCGCCAGCUGGUCCUCCGCCUCCAGCGGGUACCGCCACCAGCACCACCACGCGGGUUAUCGAGGCUGCGGGGAGGACCCCGAGAAGGAUGAGGAGAGCUCUCCGCAGUGGAGGCUGAGAGAGCAGGAGCGCAUAGGGGAGCUGGGCGCGCCGGACGUGUGGGAACUGUCGCCCAGGUUCCCCGAGCCCGACUGGGAUGAGCACUCGCCAGUGGAAGAGGAGCUAAGCCAGAAAAGCAGCAGCUCCGAGUUCACCGAAUUCACCAAGGACGAAAGGACGAAGACCAGUCGUUCAGCAAAGAGAAAAAGAAAGAAACGUCCCUCCAAAAGAAAGUGCAGGAAGUGCUCUGACAGAGGCAGUAGCUCGGAUUCUGACACUUACUCUGGCUCCGAGAGCUGUAAAAGGAAAGUUAAAAAAGCCAAGAAGAAAGAGAAGAGAAAGAAGCUCAGAGCCAGAGAACUUAAGAAGAGGACGAAGAGCCCUAAGAAGAAAUACAGGGACCUAGGCAGUAAAACUUUAGGAAGCGAAUUGCCAGAAGACAAGUGGAUUGAACAGACAGUGGGUGCAGAGGUCAUGGCUGUCAUAGGCCCAGAAGCACCUAUAAUCCAUGUCUCUCAAGAUGCGAAACCUUUGAAUUACGGCCACGCUCUGCUCCCAGGUGAAGAUGCAGCUAUGGCCGAGUAUGUAAAGGCUGGAAAGCGUAUCCCACGGAGAGGUGAAAUUGAGCUGACGAGUGAAGAGAUUGUCUCAUUUGAGUGUUCAGGCUAUGUCAUGAGUGGUAGCAGGCAUCGAAGAAUGGAGGCCGUAAGGCUGCUGAAAGAGAACCAGAUUUACAGUGCCGAUGAGAAAAGAGCACUUGUCUUUAACCAAGAAGAGAGGCGUGCGAGAGAGAACAGGAUCCUAGCCAGUUUUCGAGAAAUAGUUUACAGAAAGACAAAAGGAAAAGAAGACAAGUUAAAACUUGUGUGUUGCACAGUACUUUGA